AUGGUCCUUAUAAAUUUAAACCUGAUAAUUUUGUCCUUUCUAUUUCAAACAAUCAAAUUAACAAAAGCAGAACUAUAUAAGCCAAACAUACCAAUAAGAUGUUCAAUUAACAAGCAUUGUCCACCUGAGUGGCCAUGCUGUUCACCGUAUGGAGAAUGUGGUGCGGGUCCUAUGUGUGUUGGUGGUUGUAAUCCUAAAUUUUCAUUCAAUGAUGACAGUUGUAUUCCAUCUCAUAUUUUAUUCUCACCUCUGACACUUCAAUUUGAUCGUAAUAGUUUUCCAAAAAAUACUAUUGAUAUUGAAAAAAAGAAAACACCAUUACUAAUUCGAAGAUAUAGUAAUAACGAGAGAUAUCAUAAUUUAGACAUGGCGCCUAUUGUAGAUACUACAAAUUUGAAUGAUCGUAUGGAAUUGCAUAAGAGAGGUUUGUUCCAUCAUACUAACUAUUUAGUAACAAAUUCAGAAGUAGAAGCUAAAGAGCAUUCAAAAAUGUAUAAUUUCAUUUAUAGUGGUUCUACUAGUAUUGAUCCUAAUCUUGGUGAUAUUGUAUUAGGUAUGCCCAAGAGAACAACAGGUAGUCAAAUAGCCUCUACGAAACAAUUUUUGUAUGGUAAAGCAAAAGUAAGAAUGAGAACUGGAAGAUCAAGAGGUGUAGUGACAGGAUUGGUUUUAAUUUCACAAGUCGGUGAUGAAAUUGAUUUUGAAUUCUUGGGUAGUGAACUAAAUUCAGUACAAUCAAAUUAUUACUACCAAGGUGAAUUGAUUCAUACUAGAAUGCAAAGAUUUUUUAUCAAUACUGAUAUAUGGGCAAACUAUCACGAUUACGAAAUUGAUUGGAAUCAAGAAAGAAUUCAAUGGAUUGUGGAUGGUCAUGUGGUAAGAACUUUGUUUAAAAGAGAUACUUGGGAUGGAAAUUUGAGAAUAUUUAAAUAUCCUCAAACACCAAUGAGAUUAGAAAUCGCUAUUUGGCCUGGUGGUGCAGAAACAAACGCACCCGGGACAAUUUCUUGGGCUGGCGGAUUGAUCGAUUGGGAAAACUCACCUGAUAUUUUAGAGAAGGGACAAUUUUCUGCACAAAUCCAAUAUAUUAGUAUAACCCCAUAUGAAAAUCAAUUUAGAAUUGAAGUUAACGACUGUAUUCAAAGGAUAUAUGGACCUAAUCGUCUUAACAGGGAAACACUUUCUCAUAUUACAUUUUCGUAUAAUAAAUUCAAAGAUCCAAGUUAUACAUCAAAUGCAUUAGAAUUAUAUUGUCAUUUGACACCUAGAGUAAAUGGUUGGACUUCAUCAGGGAAUAACUUUGAUAAGAAAUGCAAGAAAUACAGGCAAAUCCAAGCAAAUAUUGAAAGACCGGGGAAUGCGAUGAGUUCAUCGAAUGAAUUAAAUCAUGAUGACAGAUCAAAUCUCGACAAUAAUGCUGGACAAGAUAUGGUGUCCAAUAAGGCGCCAACUUUGCUUAACCUACAAAUUGGUUGGCAUAUUUUUGUAUAUUUUUUUAUAGCUUUCCUUUUAGCCUAA